GGGAAGAAGAAAUGCACUUGCCCUGGGCUUGGAAUCUUCUACACCAUCCUGUCCACCCUAUUUUUCUCAUCAAGCGCUUUGCUGGUGAAGAAGAUUGAAGACAUACACUCUGUGCAGAUCAGUGCUUUCCGGUGUAUUUUCCAGAUGUUGUUUGUGCUUCCUGGCCUCAUUUAUUACAAGACUGGUUUUCUAGGUCCCAAGGAUCAAAGGAUUUUCCUUUUCCUGCGUGGAUUCCUUGGUUCUGGUGCGAUGAUUCUCCUGUACUAUGCGGUCCAGUCCAUGCCGUUGGCGGAUGCCACAGUCAUCACUUUCAGCAGUCCUGCCUUCACCUGCAUAUUUGCCUGCAUAUGCCUGAAGGAGAAAUGCACUGUGUGGGAUAUAGUCUUCAUAGCCUUCACUAUAACUGGCGUCAUCCUUAUAGCUCGUCCACCAUUUCUGUUUGGGUCAAACAACAAUGACCUCGAGGAAGAUUACUCUCAGCAUGUUAAAGGGACUAUAGCUGCCAUAGCAAGUGCAAUCUGUGCCUCGCUAACCCUGGUGGUGUUAAGAAAAAUGGGCAAGUCUGUGCACUACUUGCUCUCCAUUUGGUAUUACGCUGUGAUCGGUCUCAUUGAGUGCAUCAUUGCCCUGUCAAUUAUUGGUGAAUGGCGUUUGCCUUACUGCGGACUAGACAGGUGGCUUCUGGUACUUAUUGGGAUCUUAGGUUUGGGAGGCCAAGCGUUUCUUGUUAAAGCUUUACAAAUUGAAAAGGCUGGAUUGGUAGCCAUCAUGAGGACAAUGGAUGUGGUCUUUGCUUUUAUUUUCCAGGCCUUGUUCCUCCACCACACUCCAACGUGGUGGACACUUGGAGGUGCCUUGUGCAUUGUGGCCAGUACAGCUGGUGCUGCUGUUCUCAAAUGGUACACAAGUUCAAAAAAGGCAAAAGAAAAAGCGAGUUAUAGAUAG